AUGGAGGAAGAUUCAUUCAAAAAUAGAUUACUCAAGAGAAAUAUCGAUAUAUGGAUAGAAAAGUACCGACCAGAAUUUUUAGAUGAAGUAGUAGGAAAUCCUUUUGUAAUAAAUACAUUGAAGAGUAUAAUUACUUCAGGAAAUAUGCCUAAUUUACUUUUAGCUGGUGCUCCUGGUACGGGUAAAACGACAAGCAUAUUAUGUCUGGCUAGCGAAAUGCUGGGAAGUCAAGCAAAGAAAGCUGUUUUAGAAUUAAAUGCAUCAGAUGAUAGAGGAAUUAAUGUGAUAAGAGAUAGAAUAAAAAGUUUUGCAAAAGAAAUUAUAAGUUUACCACCAGGAAAACAUAAAAUUAUUAUAUUAGAUGAAGUAGAUUCUAUGACAACAGCAGCUCAACAAUCUUUAAGAAGAAUAAUGGAAUUAUAUUCAGAUACAACCAGAUUUGCUUUAGCUUGUAAUCAAUCUGAAAAAAUAAUUGAUGCACUUCAAAGUAGAUGUGCAAUUAUAAGAUAUUUUAAAUUAAGUGAUGAUCAAGUUUUAAAAAGAAUAUUAAAAAUAUGUGAAUUAGAAAAUAUAAAAUAUACAGAUGAUGGAUUAGAUGCUUUAACAUUUAUUGCUGAUGGUGAUUUAAGAAAAGCUGUAAAUUGUUUACAAUCAACAUAUGCAGGCUUAGAAGUUAUAAAUAAGGAAAAUGUAUUACAUAUAUGUGAUAUCCCUUCUCCUGAAAGAAUUGAGAAUUUACUUAAACAUUGUGUUAAUAGUGAAUGGAAAAAAGCACAUGAUAUUGCAUAUAGUAUGAUAAAAGAAGGACAUACACCUUAUGAUAUAUCCUUAACAUCAUCUAAUGUCUUAAGGAGAUUUAAUAUUGGAUCAGAAGUUAUACAAAUUGAAUUUUUAAAAAUAGGUGCCAUGGCAUGUAAUACAAUGGCAACAGGUUUAACAUCAGUAAUACAACUAGAUAAAUUACUAGCUGAUUGGUGUAUGGCCGCAAAAAUUUUAAGAACAAAAGCAUGA